AUGACGAUGAGAGCGGCGCUGUUGUUCCUGUUGCUGGCGUCUGGGGCGCUGGCGGCCGCCUAUCUGGUGAGAUGUAUAGUGGGAGGUGGGCGAGAGGUAGCGCCUGGCAGCGGGCUGAACAACACAGAGACAACACCGCGCCAGAACACAUCUAGUCACCUUGUUGUGCACUCAGCGAUUGGCUCUGCUGAUGUGGUGGCCCCUGAGGACUGCACCGGCUUCCCCUGCCUCAUCUUCAAUGAUGAGUUCGACUUCCUGGAUCAUGAGGUCUGGGAGCACGAGAUCACCAUGUCCGGUGGAGGGAACUGGGAGUUCCAGAUGUACAUUAACAACCGCAGCAUCAGUUACACUCGUGACUCAACACUAUUCAUCAGACCGGACCUGACGUCCAACUGGCAGACUACGGACUUCCUGAGCAGUGGGGACGUGAACCUGUGGGGCAUGAACGGGCGCGGGGACGUGUGCACAGGCAACUCCUACUACGGGUGUGAGCGCGUGGGCAACCCGGUCAACAUCAUCAACCCCGUGAUCAGCGCCAGGCUCAGGACGCUCGAGAACUUCGCCUUCAAAUAUGGACGUAUUGAGGUCCGGGCGAAGCUGCCCCGCGGGGACUGGUUGUGGCCAGCAAUAUGGCUCCUGCCCAGGUACUGGCCCUACGGCCCUUGGCCCGCAAGUGGCGAGAUUGACAUUAUGGAAUCCAGGGGCAACGAUGACUACUCCAACCUGGGCAACCAGUACGCUGCAACCACCUUCCACUGGGGACCCAACUGGCAGACUAACUUGUAUGAGAGGACCCACGCUGACUAUUCGGCCAAUGAUGGAUCCUACGCCAACAGCUUCCACACCUGGAGGAUGGACUGGACUAAAGACAACAUACAGGUGUUCGUGGACGACCAGCUCCAGAUAACCGUGGACCCGGGCACCAACUUCUGGGAGUUCGGAGGCUUCGACAACUCCCUGGACAACCCCUGGAAGGCUGGCAGCAAGAUGGCUCCCUUCGACCAGAAGUUCUACGUGGUGCUGAACGUUGCUGUGGGAGGCGUGAACGGCUACUUCCCGGACGGCGUCCCCAGCAACCCGGCCAAGCCUUGGAGCAACACCUCGCCCCAGGCCUUCCUCGACUUCUGGAACGCUCGGGACUCUUGGCUGCCCAGCUGGGAGAAUGGUGAGGGCCGUGUGAGUGAGAACGCCGCCCUGCAGGUCGACUACGUGAAGGUGUGGAAGAUGGAGAGUGUGGAGCAGUAGGUCCCCGCCCCCACCGUCCUGCGUCUUCCUCUGCUGAUGCCGGCGAACAGUGUAUAACCCUGCCUGUUUGUGUGUGUAUGAGCAGGAUUGCAGCGCCUAACACCCGGGAGUGUUGUAUCACAUCACGGCAACGACCGAGGCAGAGACACGUCGGCGGUGAACCAACACUGUAGUGGGAAAUAAAGUCUUGGCACAAACACCA